AUGCAGCAGACUCGUCGUGGUGAGAAAGGGAUAGCAAGCACAUGGUCUGUCUGUAAAACCGCUCUAGUCUGGUUUUAGCCGUUAUAUAACAUAGACAAGACUCGUUAGAUUGAUUAUAUAUGUAUGCAUGCUAUUAAACAUGCUGUACACGCCUUGGCUUUUCUUGUGUGUGUCUAGCUAGCCUCAGCUUGCAGUGCAGAUCUGUUUAUGACAAGUGAAUUGGUGUUUGCCUGAUGCAGAUGCUAACUGUAGCCCUCAAUUAAACGACCGUUUCCUUUCUUAAACAGCUUGUUGUCGUUGUUACAGUCAGUGCAGUUAGAAUGUGAAACUUUAGGUAUACGAUUGAUCUCAAUAAUAGCCCUCCAGCCCUAUCUUCUUGAUAACUUCCCUGAUUAUGAACCUCCUUCCUCUAAUAUAAUACAAAACUUGCUGCUCUCCUGUGUAGUUAGCGUAGGUACAUUUAUGUGGUAUUGUUAUGACCUCAGAGUUUGCCAUGAACCAUCUGUCCGGAUUACUCAUCGCGAUUGAGCACCGACAAAGUACAGAACGUUCCUCAUCCGUGACGUUGUAGUGCCGACUAAUUGUUUUUAUCCCCACUAUUCCCUGUCCUUUUACACACCGAUGUAUUUUACAGCCCCCCCCCCCCCCCCCCUCCCCCUCCACACACACACACACACACCUCCCACCUGCCAUAUUCCCAUUGGUGUCUUUACGUAGGGAGGAGUAGGCUACAGAAAAUGAAUAAUGUUUCUGUGCAUUUCGACAGAGGAUGAUGUUUGCAAUGACAGCAGUGUAGUUCCGUCACUGCUGCCCACUGUCCGUGUCGGAACGCUCUGCCUCAAUCUGUUUACAUAUUUUCUGGUAAAAUGUUUGGAGGCUGUUCAAUAAAGAAUAUCCCUCGUUGUUAUUCUGGGAACUUGUGUGAAAAAAAAUUGACAACAGAAUCCUUGAUCAGCGACGCCCUCUGCAAAUUUCACACCCCACACUCAUGAAUAGCACAUAUUGUAUUUUGCCUACUUCUGCAUGAGUGCAUAGCUACUCACAGUCCAUAGAUUAGUUACCUGAAGAUGCUCCACUCAUACAAACACAUGUCGAAUGGAAGUCCAAAAACGCUUGCUUAUUGCUUCGUAUGCUUAGGUUCGACCUUCUUCAUUUCAGUCUAAAAGACCAGCUCAUAAACUAAUAUUGAUGAUAAAGAACAAUAAAUGAAUGUGUUCAAACUUGCCAGCGCGAAAAACCUGUCGAAAUCCCAGCAGCAGAUGAUCCCGUUCUAGAACGAGGGAUUCCACGGCCUCCUCAAGAAAGGGAACUCCAGAGGGCGUGUCCGUGAGAAAGUUUACUCAAGAGGAUUUCCUCUCUUUGCCUGGUGGGUUUCCUUCCUCUUGUGAGCAAUGUCAAAGCAACAUUAUUGCGUAAGAAAUCGACAAUGGAAUGUGCAAAUGUUUAUGAUGGCCAACCGGUCUAAAUAGGCCUACUUGAAUAGUGCCAGUACGAAGUAGCCUGUCCCAUAGCCUACUUUUCAUUGAUUUUUCUCAAUAGCAUAGAAGUCAUUUCAGUAAUAUCCCAUUUCAUUGUCACUAGGCUAUAGCCUACAAUAUAUAUUAGGCAAUAUAUCUACUGACCUACAUGCAAGAUCUAUAUUAAUUUAUAUAUUAAUGUAUCUCUUUAGGCAUAAGCAAAUAAUAAUAAUAUGUAUACGAGGCAGACAGUCUGUACAUUAAUAAUCUUACCUGUCUUAUUCUUUAACAUAUUCAUUAGGCAAUGGGCUAAACUAGCCCUCAAAGUUUGACUUGAUCUGGAGCUUAACUCUACAAUAUUUAGGCGGUUUACUGAGUCUAAAAAAAUCAUUAUUAGUCUACAUUAGCAGACAAAAUGUAUGCACGCACGACUGUAAGUCGCUUUGGAUAAGAGCGUCUGCUAAAUGAAGUAAAUGUAAAUGUAAAUGUAAAUGGAUAAAAGCGUCUGCUAAAUGGCAUAUUAUUAUUAUUAUUAUUACCUCCAAAAUACUAAGAACAAGUGCAUUUAGAUUCGCCUUUCAUCUGCUUUACAAUAUAUAAUUUGGCUAAGUGCACACUAAAACUUGUUGUUUCAUUAAAUUUACUAUCAUAAUUUGUUUAUUGGUUAGAAAUAUCUCGUGGCUGUGUUAGUAACAUUUUCUAUUCUCGUCUGCUGUACGGUUUCUGUGGGAGAGGGAAUCCCUAGCUAAACGUCAUUACCAAGGAUACCAAACAAAAACACAACUCCAUAAAUGGGCACGUACGUCAGCGGAACUCCUAGGCGGGACUUCGUGUCCUUUACAAUGCUUCGCUCGUACUCCAUGGAUUCAUUCAUAAGACAAGACUCGCUUCUGUGGACUGUGACUCUAUAUCGCUGAUCAGUUUACCCAUAGUGGACUUUUACAUGGAUCUAUAAUUGCACAUUGGAAAAACGGACAAAGGACAUAUUUUAGCGGACUCUGAAUUGGAUCAAUGAGUUUUUAAAAAUCCGGAACGUAAGGACAGUUUCCUUAGCAGGGAACUGGAUUGCCUUCUUCAUGCAACUUUUUUGGAAAGAGACCAAGAGCAUCUUACCGGAGCACAAUAAGGAACACAUUAACGGUAAAAUACUUUCUAAACAUGAAUGUUAGAUAAUGCAGCAACACGGUUCUUAUUACGUUAUUUCCGACAUACAUGUAGGCUACACGUAAAGCAAGGUUUCCAGUUAUGCAUGUUAACUGUUGACCAUAUCUUAGAUACAUGAGACUGCAUUUCAAUGACAGCAAACUGACAGCUGUCUCCCCUCUCUCCCCUUGCCCCUGUGUGUGCGCUCGAACUGCAGGUGACAUCACACUCAUUCCGGGAACUGUAGGUUUCUCACUCGGCUCCGCCGGAUUAAUGUUCCAAGGGUUCCCCGGUGACUUUGAUUCCGUCUCCCGUGGAAGUUUGUCCUUGUCUAUUGAGUCUCAGUACUUUUCCUCAGUGGACUCCUUCGGGAGCCCGCCGGCCAGUGCAUCACAGGUAGGUCCAAUAAGUCACAUUUCUUUACUUUGAGCAAUGAUUCGAGAAAGGGAGCUUAUGUGUCCUUUUCCCCCACUUUCCAAAGUUGAUUAUUGUAAUAUUAAGGCAACGUUUCAUUUAACAGACGUUUAUAUAAUAAUGCAUGAAGUCUGAUUUAUGUUGUAUAUGAUGAUGUGGCGGUGGGCUGUAUUCCAGAAAUAUGGGUUAAGUUUAUAAUUAUUUUAUAUGAUGCUUUACAGUUCAGUAGCAUUUGCAAAUGCUGGUGCGGUUAUACCUUGUCGCAUUAGAAUUCUACCAUGCAGAGUUAGGAUUUAUCAACCUGAGUAUCAUCAUUAUUAUAAGCUUGUUAUUACAUAGGUUCUAUGAUAGGGAAAGGCAAUAAUAUUUCCCUUUCAUGUCUGAUCAACCAUGCGAAAAAUAUGCUGCCAAUGUCCUUGAAAAAUACAGGCAUUUAAUUGUAUUGUAGUAAAGGCUUGCCGGCAUGAUCUCUGACUCAGGCUGUGCCACUGCUACUAGCAACGUGUACUGUCUUUGGUGGUAGGUUUACAGCACGCCACGCAAUGGAUGACAACGCUUUGGCACUCUCCUGCGUAUGCACAAAAAGCUCCGCCUUUGCUCGGUUCUCUCCACGCUCCCUGUUCAGGGCUUGCUGUGACGUAAAUGCGUUCUAUUUUGGAGUGUUACGUUGCGUUGCUAAGGGAACGCCGGGGGUGUGACGGGGGAGGAGGAAGGAGGAGGGGGUUUGACUUAUUUGAGCGAGUUGAUUGGUUUAGGCGGCCUCUUCAAAGCUGCAUGCCCCCUUGACUUACACGCUUUGAUAUGAAUAUUAAUGCCACUCCGAGCUUACUAUGGCAUCACUGCUCGCCUCAGGUCUAAUCAAAGCAGAGAGAGCCAAGGAUAGAUUUGGGCACCUAAAUCUAUUCUUGCAGUGAUCUAUUUAUAACCUCUGUUGUGCAGGAAUUUUGGGAGACUCCAACUCUCACUGGCAUUCUAUCAUUCCAUAAGAGGGACAUUUACUGAUAGGCUUGAUUACUUCUUAUAAGCUUGUAUGAGCCUUUAUGAUGUUAUUAUAAGGGUUCUAAAUGUGUUAUGUCUCUAUAUGUAGCAAAUGUUCAACUGACUUAAAUUGAUUGUUAUUAAGUUAGGAUCGUAAUGAGCUCAUAAUAAGACAUUAUAAGGGGGACAUACAUACUUAUGACUAGUCUUACAAUGCAUUUAUAACAGUAUCAUAAUGCAUUAAAGCUGUCAUCUUCUUAUCCACAUGGUAAAUGUUUGCAAUGGUGGCAUUUUAUUCAACGUUUGUUUAUAGAUAACUUGUAAUUAGAAUGGGUGCUUCAAACUGUACCCUGAAAGUGUGUGUCUUAUGGACAUCAAGGCUAUGCAAUCUUGUGCUAUGAUAUCUGCCCUCUUAUGUUCAAGGAAAUCAACAUCUAAAUAGUUCACAAAGCAAUGUUUAAAGAGCAAGUCACGUGUUAUCAUUGCAUUGUAUAGCAGCAUCAAAUUUCUCUGUCUGUGUUCAUGCCUAACCCCUCCAUCUCUGUGUGUUCCAGGAUUGUGUGUCUGCUGGAGGCGGGGAAGGGGUAGGCAGUGGUUCUGGGGGCAGCAGUGGAGGAGUGGACAUGCCAGGCUCCUUUGUGCCCACAGUCACAGCCAUCACCAGCAGCCAGGACCUGCAGUGGAUGGUGCAGCCAACUCUCAUCUCAUCCCAGGCCUCUGGCCAGAGUGGGAUGGGGACCUCUACUAUGACCCAGUCUGUGUCCCUGGUAGACCCUUAUGAUCUGCCAGGGCCCAGUUAUUCCUCUGGCUCAGGUUUUACUCCCGCAGGCUCUGAUACCCGGGGGCCAGGCCCAGCUCCGGGCCCCAUGCGCCAGUCCAGGACCCGUAGUCGCCGUGUACGAGACGAGUCUGUGAGUGACGAUGGAGAUGUUGGUGUGUUUGUAAGUGUGUGUGUAUGCCCUGUGUGUCAAUCUUUAUAUGUCAAAUGGAUAGACAGCCAUAGUUAACACAUUCACCACAUUUUUUAUGAUAUUGUAUUUGAUGAGACAUCUACAGUUGAAGUCGGAAGUUUACAUACACUUAGGUUGGAGUCAUUAAAACUUGUUUUUUUCAACCAAUCCACAAAUGUCUUGUUAACAAGCAACGUUUUGGCAAGUCGGUUAGGACAUCUACUUUGUGCAUGACACAAUUAAUUUUUCCAACAAUUGUUUACAGACAGAUUGUUUCACUUAUAAUUCACUGUAUCACAAAUCAAGUGGGUCAGAAGUUUUCAUACACUAAGUUGAUUGUGCCUUUAAACAGCUUGGAAAAUUCCAGGAAAUUAUGUCAUGGCUUUAGAAGCUUCUGAUAGGCAUUGUAAAAAAAGUAUCUAUAUCCACAGUAAAACGAGUCCUAUAUCGACAUAACCAGAAAGGCCGCUCAGCAAGGAAGAAGCCACUGCUCCAAAACCGCCAUAAAAAAGCCAGACUACGGUUUGCAACUGCACAUGGGGACAAAGAUCGUACUUUUUAGAGAAAUAUCCUCUGGUCUGAUGAAACAAAAAUAGAACUGUUUGGCCAUAAUGAUCAUUGUUAUGUUAGGAGGACAAAGGGGCUGGCUUGCAAGCCGAAGAACACCAUCCCAACCGUGAAGCACGGGGGUGGCAGUAUCAUGCUGUGGGGGUGCUCUGCUGCAGGAGGGACUAGUGCACUUCACAAAAUAGAUGGCAUCAUGAGGAAGGAAAUUAUGUGUAUAUAUUGAAGCAACAUGACUGUAAGUCGCUUUGGAUAAAAGCGUCUGCUAAAUGGCAUAUUAUUAUUAUUAUUAUUAACAUCUCAAGACAUCAGUCAGGAAGUUAAAGCUUGGUCGCAAAUGGGUCUUCCAAAUGGACAAUGACCCCAAACAUACUUCCAAUGUUGUGGCAAAAUGGCUUAAGGACAACACAGUCAAGGUAUUGGAGUGGACAUCACAAAGCCCUGACCUCAAUUCUAUAGCAUAUUUGUGGGCAGAACUGAAAAAGCGUGUGCGAGCAAGGAGGCCUACAAACCUGAUUCAGUUACACCAGCUCUGUCAGCAGGAAUGGGCCAAAAUUCACCCAACUUAUUGUGGGAAGCUUGUGGAAGGCUACCUGAAACGUUUGACCCAAGUUAAACAAUUUAAAGGCAACGCUACCAAAUACUAAUUGAGUGUAUGUAAACUUUUGACCCAAUGGGAAUGUGAUGAAAUAAAUAAAAGGUGAAAUAAAUAAUUUUCUCUACUAUUAUUCUGACAUUUCACAUUCUUAAAAUAAAGUGGUGAUCCUUACUGACCUAAGACAGGCAAUUUUUACUAUGAUUAAAUGUCAGGAAUUGUGAAAAACUGAGUUGAAAUGUAUUUGGCUAAGGUGCAUGUAAACUUCAGACUUCAACUGUAUAUAUCUGUUAUUCUAAGCUAGCGAGAUAGAGGCAAAGACAACGUUUGUGUUUGUUUUAAUCCCUCCUUGUUAAUUUCCUCCAGUUGACUCCAGAGGAGCAGGAGAAGAGGCGUGUUCGACGCGAGAGGAACAAGCUGGCAGCCGCCAAAUGCCGAAACCGCCGGCGCGAACUCACUGACAGACUGCAAGGGGUGAGCUUGGCUGGGUUCUUACUGUCAAAAUGACUUAUGGUAAUAAUUAUAUACAGUGUGUUACGCUACAUAACUAGGUUAUGGUAAUGACUGUGUAUGUGAGUAAUAGUAACACAUCAUGUUAUUUAAGGGGCUGGUUAUUAACAGAAGUUGAAGAGAGCGAAGAUGAUUAUAGUGCUUGUGACAGUCUAUUGCGCCUACAGUUGUUAUAGUCUAAUUUACCAGUCCUAGCAUGGGCUAAACGAUCUAUUUCAAGGUGGAAACAUGUAGGCCUAUCUAUAUCUAGAAAGAUAGCCAUGCAUCCACCUCCACAUAUAUAGAAUUAGAACAUCUGUUUGUCUAACCCUCUACUCCCUCUCUCUCUAUCUCUCGCCUUUCCUCCCUCCCUCCAUAGGAGACUGACAUCCUGGAGGAGGAGAAGUCUGAGCUGGAGGCUGAGAUCUCUGAGCUGCAGAAGGAGAAGGAGCGCCUGGAGUUUGUCCUGGUGGCUCACCAGCCCAGCUGCAAGAUCCCCUACCAGGAGCAGCAGGCCUCUGGCUCCACACAGCUCCAGCAUCAGCCCCUACUGCCCCUCCAGCCCCCCGUCUCCAUCGUGGGCUUGACUGUGGAGGACACUUUCUACCUGCCUCCCGCCUACACCUCGCAGCCCUCCUCUUCGCAGCAGCAGCAACAACAGCAGCAGGUUCAACAGCAGCAGGUUCAACAGCAGCAGCAACAACAGCAGCAGGUUCAACAGCAGCAGCAGGUUCAACAGCAGCAACAGAUUCAACAGCAGCAACAACAGCAACAGGUUCAGCCGCAGCCGGGGAUGAUGCAGGAGGUAGCGUUUUCUAGUUCUUUCUAUGGCUCAUGCGAGCCUGCGCCGGGUGGGCCGUGCCUGGUGGCCGACGGUGGGGGUGGUGGUCACCAUGAUGGCGCGGCCGCUGGCAGCUACAACCCUUCAUACACAUCUUCAUUUGUGUUCAGCUACCCAGAGGGAGCCUGCGGGGUCAGCGCUAACCAGAGAAACAGCAGCAGCGAGCAGUCCUCUGAUUCCCUGAACUCACCCUCGCUGCUCGCGCUCUGA